ACUAACUCUCAGUUCUUUCGCAGCGGCCAACGGUAUCGCAUGUGCCGCUAGCCUCGACGCACAAAACAAAUAUCAACAACGCGAGGAAACUUAACGUGCAGUGUUGUAAGAUGCUAACUUGUGGAUUUUGAAAGACCAAGUGACAGAGACGUAAAUAAGGAUCGAGUGCAGUGUUUACUAGCGCCCGAAAAUGCCGAAGAUCUUCCUGAUAAAGAAACGGCUGCAUGAGCAGCAACUGGGCUUGCAGGAGGGGCAGGAGUUGCUCGCCAGCAAGGCUGAUCCCCUGUGCCCAGGCUCGCCUCUCGACGAUGGGCCCAUACCGCUCUUAUCCAAGAAGGAUAAGGACAGGGAAUGUGUUGAUCGUGACGUUUUUGGAGAUUCAAAUGGAAAUAAGAGCACACACGAAAAACGGACAAAAGAACCAAGAAGGUUUAUUUCAUCUAUACUCGGAGGAGAUAUUCCAUAUGGACACAGAGGACAUGUGCUUACGCAGGCGGAACGAAAACAGUACUUACCUGUCGUAUCCGAAGAGAAAAAAACCGAAGAUAAACCUUUAAUAAAAGAGGAAAAAGAUUCACUCGACAGUGACCCAGUCGUGCUUCCAUCACGAAAUACGCCAUCUCCAGAAUCAACGCCCUCUCCCGGAAUUGAUAACAACGUAACUUGUCAGAAAGUAUCGGUCAUACAGAGAACUCCAUCGCAAUCGCAGUUUCGUGACAAUAAAAAGGAGUUAUCAGAUGUUACUAUUCCUACUACACUACCUACAUCUGAUCCUGAACAGGAUCAACCCAUUGACUAUGUUAUAGCAAAAAAGCGCGGCGAGACAGAAGAUGAGGAAACAGAAAAGAAAAUAAGGGAGCAGAGAAGAACAAGUAGUUCAAAAAUCGCUAAUGGAAUUUUAGCUAGGCCUGUUCUGGUCCUUAGAAAUUGUCCUGCUAAUAAAAUUCCUGGUAUUUUAAACGCUGCUGCUGGCCAUGGACGUUCAACAGGUGGAACCGGCUCUAGCAGCGGAUCCCAAAGUGGUGGUGGCUCAGGCAAUUUCAGUUCGGGUGGAGGUGGAACUGUCCCAUCAUCAGGUGGCGGUGGAGCGAUAGGAGGUGGCUCUGGCAGCGGUGGUAAUGGCCGAGAUGGCCGCUCAAACUAUGGACCCAACAGUCCUCCAACAGGCAGUCUUCCGCCAUUUUAUGAAACUCUUGGACCAUCGACCAAAAGCGGUCAAAAUACUUUUAAUGCAAAUAGUAAUUUUACAAAUGAAUUUAACAUUAUCAAUGGCUUCAACAUGGAUUGCGAGAAUAAUGAAAAUGCCACUAACUUUCCAGAACAAAGUAAACAAUAUUCACUUAUGCAAAAUGCUCACUAUGGAUUAGCACUUAAAGAUGAGGAAAUAGAUUACGAAAGUAAAUUAGAAAAUUUAGGUGCUAUCGGUAAUUACGGAAAUAGUUUUGACCCUAUGGUCGUAGAAAUGACGGAAGAUGUCAUUGAUAAUUAUCAAUUCAAUGCAACGUUGACGUUUCCUGGACCAAAUGAAGGAAUAUUAGGAAAUCUAUCUGAUUCUACUGAGGACUUUGCUAGUCUUUUAAACAAUCAUGAGAUUACAGAUUCUGAUUUAAGGGAAUCAUCAUCAAUCACACCCGACUCUGUACAUAAUCCUGUUGAUAUUGAAACAUUAUCCUUAAGUAGACAGUAUUACGAAAAAAACUACUUCGCAAUCGCCAGUCAAGAACAAAGUUCCUCUUACAACUUUGUUAAAGAGCGGCCAGAUUUAUUAAUGCAACUGAACUCUGCUGCCCUACUGCCACAUAACGAAGGUCAAAUGCAACAGCUACAAAUUCACGUUCAACUUCAACAACGCCAGCAGAUCUUGUCUCCUGGUUUCCCGUUCCCUAGUCACUCCCUGGACCUGGACUCCCCAACUGGUGUGUCGCUGCCAUCGCCCGGCGGAAACAACUCUCUGGACGGGAGCAGUCACAUCGAGAACUCAUCCCUCAGUCCUGCCGCUGCUGUAAGUCUGAAGAAAGGCUCUGUCACCGAUACCAAAAUUCAAAUCUUGCAACAAAGGUUGGGUCUACCAGCAGAGCUACCGUUGGAGUUCAUAAAUGGUGGACACGGCGUAAAAAAUCCGCUUGCAACAGAAGCGAACGCGAGGCAAAGAGAAGAAGAGAAAAACAAACAAGUAUUAGUGAGCGAAGACGAUCCUACGAAGUUCGUUUGUAGAGUCUGCUCGAAAAACUUCAGCUUACAGAGGCUUCUAAACAGACAUAUGAAAUGUCACUCGGAUGUAAAGAGAUAUUUAUGCACAUUCUGUGGCAAGGGAUUCAACGACACCUUCGACCUGAAACGGCACACGCGGACGCAUACCGGGGUCAGGCCCUACAAAUGCAAUUUGUGUGAAAAAUCCUUCACGCAAAGAUGCUCACUAGAAUCACACUGUUUAAAAGUACACGGUGUACAACACACAUACGCCUACAAAGAAAGGAGAACUAAGAUGUACGUUUGUGAAGAAUGCGGUCACACAACAUCGGAGCCUGAAGAACACUACAUGCAUCUCAAAAAGCAGCACCCUUACUCACCGGCCUUGCUGAAGUUCUACGACAAGAGACAUUUUAAGUUUACGAACGCUGCGUUCGCGAAUCAGCUGUUAGGCCAACUACCAAUGCCAGUACACAACUAAAUGUAUCUUCGAACAUGUUAAACUGCAGGCGUGAUGACUAAUGGUUCUGUAUUCAACAAGAAGUAAAUAUUCGGUCUGCCAAAUCCUUGUUUAAUUACACGUUCAAACAUUAUUGGAAUAUUUGCUCUUGAGUGAAUACAAACUGUAAAAAAGACUUAUUAUUGAUGGGGAUCAUGAAAAACCGAAGGUACUUAAUUAUUAAAUUUGUAUUCCGUCCGCCUUUAAACUAAAUUUUAUUCCUCUGUAACAGUUACACCAAUUCCCCAGUGCUGCUUUCAAAUUAAUAUAGAUUAUUAAAAAUGUUAUUUAUUAAAUCGAUGUCUUCCGAAGUAACUGUUAACAUUCCAAGUUAUCGUGAGUUUUUCAAAAGACUAAUACAUAGUUCGCAAGAACGAUGGACAUAUCGAUCUUUAGUCCCCAAAAAUACUUAAAUUUUUUAACAGUCAACGUGAAAUUAAUCCACUGGCCUAUGUAGUUAGGCAUGACUGCAAUUAAAAAAUCAAAGUAUCGGGUAUUAUGUGCAAUCUUUGGUGAUGGUACGGGGUUAUCUUUAAGUUUAGCUCUUAAGUUAGAUUAAACAGUAACGUAAGUUCGAGUAUAUCUCAAAAAUUGUGAGUUUCAUUUCAAACCAGCGGGAGUGUAAAAACAUUGAAUAGUUAUGAAGCGGACAGGAUGGUGCUAAACUGCCAGUCGGUUUUGCUGAUUUGAAAUGAAACAAUCUUAUGAAUCGGAUGACAGAUUUUGUCCGAUUCAUGAUGUAAUAUUAAAGCAAGACUUUGUUUACAAAUUUAAUCCACGAUAUAAGAAUCUCUUUCCUCGUAAUAGUGAUACUAGCUUCUAAUUCUCAAAUUAUAACACAAAUUAUGUCACAAGUUUUAUAUGUUUGUACCUACCUAUAUAGAAUGUUAUGUUUGUUCUUUGUUUGUACUUAUUAUAAAUAUCAAAAUUAUAAAAUUUGAUGGUGAGAUCCGUCGAUGAUUUCACGACAUGUCGUACCAAGUAAAAAUGCAUUUCUAGAAGUAUUUAUAUAACUUAAUUAAAGUAUUGAUCGGUAGCAGACUGUGCUGUGAGUGUGAAUAUGUGUUUACGUGUGAAUGUGUUAUUUAAUGUGUCGAUUGUUAUAAUGUUUAAUGUAGACGUCAAGAUGUUCUUGAUGAAGAGCUUCCGACUUAAGAGGGUUUAAGACUAUGAUGCUCAAUUGAUACAUUUGCGCUUUCACAGCGAAGCUUGUGAAUAAAAUAUGUACUUAAUAUAUUGUAAAUAUGUCUAAAUUUAGAAAAUAGUAGUAAAAUUUCCAGAAAGUAAUAUUACCUUCUUAUUUUAGCUAUACCUAUUUAGGUUUUAUGAGAUUUAAAAAUGAUAAUUGUUAAAAUAUUUUGUACAAUUGGUAAGUUUCGUUAGGGCUGAUCGUUUUAUAUUGGCAUGUCGUCGAUCGGACUCGUUCUGAUAUAUUGUGAUAGCGCAAUGCCUUGGUUACACUUCUCUGUUGCAUUUAUUAGCAUUUGAUUCCAUUGUCAAACUGUAGUUUCAUAUUUUAGAAACAAACACUUUGUUACUCUAUAUUGAUAAGCAAUAUAUCAUGAUUAAAACAUU